GUGGAGCUGAGGGUGGUGGGGUGUGGGUGGGGGAGUAGUGGACGGACGAGGGGCGCUCUUCACUCCGGAGGCGGCGGCUGCGCUGAAAUGCGCUCAUUGCCAUGGCGAGGAGGCUGCUCUCCUGGGCCUCGCUGAGGAAGGUCUGCGGCAGCCACUACUACAUCCAGGCCCGCUUACCAUGUGUACGAGUCAAGUACUUGUUCUUUUCGUGGCUUGCUGUAUUUGUUGGGAGUUGGGUGCUCUAUGUCCAGUACUCCACCCACACAGAAUUGUGCCGGGCCCGUGACUGCAAGAAACUAAUUUGUGAUAAAUACAAGAAGGGAAUAAUAGAUGGAUCAGCAUGUCGGAGCCUGUGUAUUAAAGAUACUCUUUAUUUUGGCAAAUGUUUGUCAAGUAAACCUAAUAAUCAGGUAUACAGAGGACUAUGGGGUGAAUCACAGGUAGUCCUAAAAUGCAGACUUGAAGAAACUUAUCGCUUUGAUUUGGAUUCUGACAUAGAACCAAGGAAAGAGAUGGUAUUAUUUGACAAACCCACAAAAGGGACAUCCAUGGAAGGAUUUAGAGAAAUGGUAUACAACCUCUUGAAGGCAAAGCUGGGUGAACAGGCAAAUCUUCAGGAGCUGGUCAAAUUAGUCAUCUCAGUGGCAGAUGGAAAUAAAGAUGGCCACGUCUCUCUUGCUGAAGCAAAAUCCACUUGGGCAUUGUUGCAGCUUAAUGAAUUUCUGAUAAUGGUGAUUCUCCAGGACAAGGAGCAUACACCUAAACUACUUGGAUUCUGCGGAGAUCUGUAUGUAACAGAAAAAGUUCAUUACAAUUCCCUGUAUGGGCUCACUGUUCCUUGGGUUUUGGAAUUCUUUAUUCCCUCUGGUCUAAGGCGUAGUAUGGACCAGUGGUUUACUCCAUCCUGGCCCAGAAAAGCUAAGAUCUCGAUAGGACUUUUAGAAUUUGUGGAGGACGUUUUUCACGGAACAUUUGGUAACUUUCUUAUGUGUGACAUGAGUGCAAAUAACAUUGGCUACAAUGAUAAGUAUGAUUUAAAAAUGGUGGACAUGAGAAAAGUUGUACCAGAAGUUAGUUUCAAAGAACUAAUUCGAGAUCGCCACUGUGAAACUGACAUAGAUUGUGUCUAUGGCACAGAUUGCAGGACCACGUGUCACCAAAGCAAAAAGCAGUGCACUACAGAAUUGGUUCAGCCUAAUCUGACCAAGGUCUGUGCGCUGCUGAAAGACUACCUUUUAAACAGUGCUCCUUCAGAUGUGAGAGACGAAUUGGAGAAACAACUUUACUCUUGUAUAGCUCUUCGAGGAGCAGCGAGUCAAAUGGAAAUGGAACAUUCCUUGAUAUUAAACAAUCUAAAGACAUUGCUUUGGAAGAAAAUUUCUCACACAAAAGAUUCCUAAACACUAACUGAAUGCAUCAAAAAAUCUCCCAUGAUAGAUGAGGCAUUGUUUAACAAACAUUUCCUAAUGGCAGCAUUGAAAGUUUCUGAUUGCUUUAGUUUGAAAUCAGCACAUAGCAGUAUCUUCACUAAAUGUCCUUGAUGGUAUUCCUCUACUUUAGUGUUAUACAAAACGGAAAUAAAACCACUUAAUAAGUGUUUUGUUUGUGGUUAUAUGAGUUUUUGCUGCUGUUUUAAAAUGGGUUCAUAAACACUUAACAGAGCAUGGGAAUUUAGUUUGUAUUUUUUUAAUUACUGUAGUGGUAGCAUGAUUAUUUAUUUGCAGAAGAGAAUAUUGGGUAAUAUUGACACUCCUCAUAACUUAAAUAAAGCUAUGUGUGGGAUGGUAAACUGGAAAAAUCAAAUCAGGAAGGGAUUGCUUUUCCUCUUUAUUUUAGAAUAGUGAAUUUUGAAAUGAUUUAGUUAUUCAUAUUAGAAUGCAAAAAUGUUCAAAUGUUAAUGUUUUAAUGUAAUUGAGCACUUUAUAUGCAUUUUAUUAAUUCCUGCUGGUUGACUGUACAGAAUUUAAAAUGCAGUGCCAAUUUUUGAGUCUAUAAAUGGCCAUUAAAAUUCUUCCGUUCAUUCAAA